GCCCUAGUGUAGGAACAACUGCUAAGCUGCAGAUGUUUGGCAGCUGCAGACAGAGGAAGUGCCUAAGAGGGGAGUGAGAUUUGCUCGGCUGAAGAAGGCACCAGAGGAGACAAGAGCUGCGGAGGACCUAGUGGUAUAACAUGCCUCUUCCACCACCCCCUUCCUCACCUCCACCCCCGUGUCCAGCAUCUAGAGAAUCUCUGAGCCUGAAUAGGCCCUUCCUACGAAGCCUGUUAGGAGGGCUGCGUAUAGUACAGCUGCUGUUGGGUGCUGUCUGCUGGGUAACUUUAGCGGCGCACAAGUAUGAAGGCGCAACCUACUUUGCAGUUUUUGCAGCAGUCCUGGUGUGGCUUCUUACCUUGGCUCUCUUUGGGCUCAGUUUAUUGGGCCGAUGGACUCUGAUGCCUGUGCUGGGGACCCGCUGGCUCCUAACAAACAUUCUGCAUGACUUAUUGCUUGGAGUGAUUUUCUUCACGGCUGCUGCAGGCAUCAUAGGCUACAAGGCGCGGAGCAUCAGCUAUUGUACCCUGAAAGGUUACAGCCAGCCCUGCAGUUACACUGCCUACUUAACCGCUGCUGUCUUUGCUGGUAUAACUGCCUUCCUGUACUUGCUCUCUGGACUCUACUGCUUGGUACGGCGUUUCCAGGGGCACCAUGAUAUCAUCUGAUAGAUGCAAGAAGUUCAAGAAGUACGAACAGACUUUAUUCAAAUAGAUGGAUAAGCCUAGCAUACAAUUAGCCUAUAGAUAUCUUGCUCCAGAUGCUUUGUCUCCUUCCUAAGGAAAACCCGAUGCAUUCCCUCUUUUUUCUGACAAUUAUGAAUGCUCUUACCUCCAGAUGUCUGAUCUUUUCAUCCACAGUUGGAUGUAUACUGUCAUGACCCAGAAGCUAAAAGUGAUGCAUUUUAGUAGGAACACCUGGGAACCAGAUUGUGGAUUGCUUUUUCUCUCUCUUUCUCUUGUCUUCUUUCAUUUUGGCAGGAAGAUUUUGGUGGGUCUGGGAAGUUUUGACCUGAUCUAUACUUCCAAUAUAUCUGAUUGCUAAAGGAAGAAUUCAGUAUUAUCACCUUCUGUUAUACAAUAUUGGUUUUCAUUAUUCAUGCUAUUCUGUUUUGAUUCUUAGAAAUGAAAUGUUCAGAUUUUAUAUCCUA